GUGUCCAAACAGAUGCCAAGCAGAGUUCUUCGCGCGUGGAGGCAUAUAUUCUAACGCUCUCGAAAAUGAUUUUGAUUACUUUGACCCUGCUUUUGUUUGUGGUGGGGCUGCUGUAUGCUGUUUUCAUAUGGAACUACGAUCACUGGAAGAAGCGGGGUGUUCCGGGUCCCAAACCCAAGAUAUUUUGUGGCAACUACCCAAGCAUGUUUACUAUGAAGAGACAUGCCGUUUACGAUCUGGACGAAAUAUAUAGGAAGUAUAAGAACAAGUAUGAUGCAGUGGGCAUUUACAGCGCCCGUUCUCCGCAGCUGCUGGUGGUAAAUCCCGAGCUGGCACGUCGAGUUUUUGUUUCCAACUUUAAGAACUUCCAUGACAAUGACUUUUCUAAGAAUUUUGACGAGAAAACCGAUUUCAUUUUUGCCAAUAAUCCGUUCACGUUAACUGGUGAAAAGUGGAAAAGUAGGCGGGCAGACGUGACUCCUGGUCUAACAAUGGGACGGAUAAAGACUGUCUAUCCGGUGACAAACAAGGUGUGCCACAAGCUGAGCGAGUGGGUGGAAAAGCAAAUUCGUUUGGGGUCUACCGAUGGCAUCAAUGCCAAGAAUAUGAGUCUGGCCUUUACCUCUGAAAUGGUCACCGAUUGCGUUCUGGGUCUGAAAGCUGAAAGCUUUUCGGACAAGCCAACUCCCAUUAUGCAGAAUAUCAAGGACCUUUUCAACCAGCCCUGGACUUUCGUGCUAUUUUUUAUACUGACCACCACCUUUCCAUCGUUGAGCCACUUGAUUAAGCUACGAUUUGUACCGCUCCAUGUAGAACGAUUCUUUGUCGACUUGAUGGGCAGUGCAGUAGAGGCACGUCGCGCCCAAUUGGCGAGCGGAAAGCAAUUUGAGAGGUCCGAUUUCCUGGACUACAUCUUACAACUCGGAGAGAAGCGAAAUCUGGACAACCGCCAGUUGUUGGCCUACUCCAUGACCUUCUUGCUGGAUGGGUUUGAAACGACAGCCGCGGUUCUGGCUCACAUGCUACUCAACUUAGGUCGUAACCCGAAAGCCCAGGAGACUCUAAGACAAGAAUUACGCGCCCAUCUGAAAAAUGGUAUCAUUAACUUUGACAAUCUGAACGAUUUGCCCUAUUUGGAUGCUUGCUUGCAGGAAACUAUCCGCCUCUUUCCGCCCGGAUUCAUGUCCAACAAACUUUGCACUGAGUCCCUCGAGAUCCCCAACAAGGAUGGCCCUAACUUCAUAGUGGAGAAGGGUACCACUGUUGUGGUACCGCACUAUUCCUUUAUGUUGGAUGAAGACUUCUUUCCUGAUCCUCAGUCUUUCCAGCCGGAACGAUUCAUGGAACCCGAUGCAGCCAAGACGUUCCGGGAACGCGGUGUCUUCAUGGGCUUCGGUGAUGGACCACGUGUUUGCAUUGGAAUGCGAUUUGCAACAACACAAAUUAAAGCAGCCGCUGUGGAACUGAUCUCAAAGUUCAAUGUCAAGAUUAAUCCCAAAACCCGCAAAGACAAUGACUAUGAUCCAGGCCUUAUCAUCACUAGUCUUCGUGGGGGCAUUUGGUUGGACCUUGAAAAGCUUUAGAGACUCAAUUACUUCCCAACUCACUCCCCUUCAGUGCGACAAAAUAAAUGAGAAAAUUGAUUGGGGCAAGUUUCCCAGUUAUUUAUUACAGUACAUAUAUAGUGCGAUAGCUGAGCUGGGAAUUGUUUGACUUUGUCUUUGUUAUUUUGUGUUUAUUAAUAAAUAUAUUUUCUGUCAUAUAA